AUGGAUGGGAACACCGUGAACGCAAAGCAGUCUCUGCCCAGACCCUCAUCUGCUGCCUCCGUGAACAUCACUUCCGCCAACAAGAAUCGUCAAUAUGCACACCUACAUGCGCAAUUGGCUCAACUCAAUGCGCACCUGGCCGAUACAGAGAAUUUGCUGAGAAUGACGGCCGUCCAGGCUCAAGACAUGCGAUUCCUCGGUGGCUAUGUGGGGGCACUGUUCAUGGGCAGUGCGAAAGUGCUGGGCGAGGAAAGCGUACAAAAAAGAGGCAAACAAGAAGAAACAGCAAGAGAGAGAUAG